AUGAGGAGGUCCGUGCUGAGGCCUCGCUGUGGUCCCGGUCUGGAGCGGCCCUCGGAGCCCGGGCAGAUGGCGGAUGUGAGAGAAAGCAGACGUGCAAAUUGUGUGCGACACAAUAAAGAUAAAGAUCGGGCGGCGAGUAUCGGAACAUGGAUCAGAGCGGCCCCGCGGAGAGAAGGGCCCCGCGGAGAGACAGGCUGCCGCGGAGAGACAGGCUGCCGCGGAGAGACAGGCUGCCGCGGAGAGACGGGCUGCCGCGGAGAGACAGGCCCCGCAGAGAGAAGGGCCCCGCAGAGAGACAGGCCCCGCAGAGAGACGGGCCCCGCGCUGUCGCAAUGGAAAGGGCAAUAA